UGGGAAAACAUCAUCUCUUUCUUUCUCCAAAUACUUUCCUAAAAUCAUACCACUAGCCAAAGUGUAAGAGCUGCCCCUUCCUCUGUUUUUGCUACAUUGCUGAAAAAUUCUCAGAUUAAGCUAUGAGCGAAUCGACCCCGGCAACACCAGAGCCAUGGUUCCUAUACACAACCUCAGAUCCGCCUCCAUCCCAGCCGGCAGCAGCAGCAGCAGCAACUGGAGGUGGUGGUGCCACGGUGAUCAUCGACCGCGGCGAGGCUCCGUGGAAGAGCUUUGGGACAUCAAUGAAUGCAAUCUCUUUUGGGUUUGUAGCCACAGCGAUACUGAUCUCGAUGUUCCUCAUAAUGGCCAUCUUCGAGCAUCUCUUCCGGCCAAGCAGUCCUUCAUCCUCUUUCUCUUCGCCACAGGACGAUGCCUCUGCCACUUCGAGGAGCGAUCAUGGUGCUGCUGCAUACCCGGAAGCAGGGUGCUUUCACAAACUUGGCAACCCGCAAAUGGUUCGAAUGGCGUCGGAUUAUUCGGUAGUGAUGCCUGGACACCAUUUUCCUAGCUACAUUGCUCAGCCUGCUCCUCUGCCUCCAUGCCCAAGGGAAACGAUUUGUUGGCCUUCUCAUACGGCUUGAAACCAGAGCUUUCCUUUUGCCUUAGCACAAAUAUUUUCCCCCUCUAAAGAAGGAGAAGAUCUAGAGGUUCCAAUAUCAGAGUUUUUUUUUUUUUCAGUUUUGAGAAAUCAAAAGAGUUGUAGGCACAGGGGAGAACUGUAUUUUUUCUUCAUCAGUGGUGAUUAUGCGAUAAUUAAUCAAUAAUAAGGACGAGUAUUAAGGAGUUUGUAGUUGGGCUUUUUCUUGAUAGUCUUCUGGGCUUUUACAUUUGGGCUUUAGAGGUGGACUGACUAAACUCUUGGCCAGUUGAAAAUUCGGACUAAAUUAGUCUAUUAGUGUAACGUUCGGACCAAUUUAAUGUAUUA